AUGACACCGGUGACAAGUCGCAACCUCCUUAUCGAAAGGUGCUCAACCUAUAGAGGCUGCGAGCCUUGUAAAAGGCGAAAACGAGUGUGCAACGGCAAAAGACCAUGUGGCAACUGCAACGAGGCCCAGCUGGACUGUGUCUAUAGCGUUGUCUCAGAUCACGCACGUAGCGUUUUUACUACUACCAAUGCUCGACGACUUAGCUCAGGCUCUGCUUGUGAAACUUGUCGACGACGAAAGACAAAAUGCGAUGGCGGCAACCCGUGUGCAUUUUGUGCUAGUGCUGGCAUCGAAUGUAUCAAUAAUUCAGAGCGACGCAAGCGAUCGCUUUCUCACAACAAUAUCAAUCUCACCACCAACAUGGCUACUUUAUCAGCUUCUUCUUCUUCAUCAUCGAGUGGAGCUGCAUCAGGAUCCGAUCAAGGCACUGAUGCCAUAGAUCGAAUUGAAGAUCGUCUACGUCGUAUCGAAAAGUUGAUGACGGCCUUUACACCAAGCCCAUUAUCUCAAAGCACAUCAUUCCAUACGGAUGGUAGCCCUACCAAUAAUAGUGACAAUGCACGCAAGUUGUCAUCUCCUCAACCUCCUUUGCCAUCAUCAUUGGGUGUGCGACAACAUAGACACUCCGUUCAAGGAAUCAGUGUUGCCAAGGAACAAGCUGCCUUACGCUCCGUCAUGAUGGCAGCCAAGGACACUUGCACACCACCACCAUCGUCAUCAUCAUGCAACAACAACAAUCUCAUGUCUACUAGUCCCAGCAGUACGAGUAGUGAGAAAUCAUCACCACCAUCAUCACCCGUUCCCCGUCAAAGUGCAUCUUCCACCCAACCUAUUACAUCAUCGAUGCUAAACUUAUCCCUGUCACCAUCUUCAUCCACUUCUUCUAAUGGCUCAAGCAUGUUGGUCCGUUCCUCCCCAUCUCCACCCGCUGAAACUGCAUGGAUGACGCCGAAACAAAAAAGUAACGAAUGGAAGGCUACAACGCCGAUCCCAAGUUUAAUGGAUCAACUUUCAAAGCGUACAUUUACAACUGCAGCAUUGGAUUAUCCGAGUAUGCAGUAUCCAAUUUAUCCUAUCAAUCAAUCCUCGUCUCCUUCACCACCGCCACUCCCGAUGCACCCAAUCUCCAACAUGGCUAAUGCUAUGCCACCCCAUCAUUGA